GAGACAGAAAGGCGUCGUUAUUUUGUUGAUAGAUAUGAAAAGACGAGACUUUCGGUCGAAGAGGAAUAUUUUCAAUUUUCUAUAAUAUACGGCGUCUUGGUUGCUUUUUCAGGGUGACAUUGACAAAGGAACCCACUGACUAGACUGCUAUCAAGAGCUGUCGGACACGUUUAUGUCUCCCAGUCGUGUACGUGUGCCUGGAGGCCUGAGUGGAAAAAUGGUUAUAGGUAGUUGAAUGGUCGAAGCGUGCGGAGAGGAAUUUCGGGAAUCGACCAUCCGUGUAAAGUUGUGCGGAUGAUGUGGUUAAAUGGAUCUUUCACAUCCACUUCCUCGCGCGGUUGUUUUCCUGUGUGGUAGAUUUUACAGAAUACCCGGCUGUGGAGAAUACUAGCGGUUCGCCAGUCUUGUUCCCAAGACCUUCGACUGGUGGUCGUGAUAUCUUCAUCACUGGAGCAUCACUGUCAUGGGAUCAAAUUAAAACAAACGGACUUCGUCUGUAAUACAGGUCUGACGCAUCUCUGGGGAGCUCUUAUCUCUGUCUGAACUGUUACCGCGAUGACACAAUGGGGACGGACGGUAUAAGGGGACGUGCCGUGGAUCUCGGAUGACGGCACCAUCCGAGGAAGAUGCCGGACUGCAGACCACAGUUCUUUGUCUCAUCGAGGGGGAACUGCCUCGUAUGUUCACGAAGACCGCAUCGCCAUUCUGUAGCAGCACUGUUAUUUGUGAUGGUCGCCAGUCUCCUAACACUAACAGGUGCAUUCAAGAGUAGCGUAGAGGAAUGUAUUACAGGAGUGUGCCUUAACGGGGGUACCCUUAAGGAAAACGGGACUUGUGUGUGUCCUGAGAAGUUUAAGGGUGCGUGUUGUGAAAGUGUUAAGAUAUCCUCCGUCCCACUGACACCGUUGACUAGGAGGAGUGCAGCCACAGCGCCAAUAUGUGAGGAGUGCUUCAAUGGUGGAACCAGGUACUACAGCCACGUGCAUGCCGGGUACAAGUGUCUCUGCCCACCGUAUCACGAUGGGACCUGCUGUGAAGUUCAAGAAGGAUCCUAUAACAGCAAUGCCCAGAUGUACCUAUGGAUGAGUGUGGCAACAUCAGGGAUCGUCCUGUUGUUGGUGUGUCUGUGUGUUCUCUGCGGCUGCAAGAGACUGGACUGACGGCACUGGAUUGGAAUCAGUGAAUUAGUACAUCCAGACAGCCACCCAGGAGCAAGACCCAAAGUGCGUCUAUGUGUCCUUUGCGGCUGCAAGAGACUGGACUGAUGGCAAUGGAUUGGAGUCAAUCAAUUAGUACAACCACUAUUUUUUUCUUUACUCAACGGUCACCAGUAGCAAGACCCAAAGGCCACGUCAGGGUUACAGGUUUAAUACCCGAGGAGGGCUGAACAACUCUUCUCACUAACUCAGAAACUUCAUGAUUGAAGCUUGACUCACUGAGUAAGGACAGAAGCAGCAGUUAUGAAGACUGCUCGGGAAACUACCUUUGGCAUGUACAUAGCGCAUCAACUUUGCAAGACUCUCAAGAUCUAACUCCAAGUGAUGAUCAUAGCAAUACAUUGAAGAGGCUGUCUUCGGAUUGACCCACAAAGUGAUUCAGAAUAAAACAUGGAGACAGGAGGACAUGAUUUAUGCACAAGUGGUGUAGACUUAUUGACUCUUCUCCUUGCAAAAGGAAGAAACCAAUUACUAGUAUAUUUGACUAUUUAGACUAAUGUAUGGCUUUGCAAGGAUCUUUUUUAUUUGAUCCGACUUGCCAGAGUGGCAGGAAGAAGAAUUCAGAGGUGGAAGAAGUAGUCAUUAAUCAGAUGUGAUAGUCCAGGUCAUGAAAGUAGCUAAUAAUAUAUGUGUAGGUAUUGUUUUUGGUCUGUCAGUUUGCUUGUGUUUUCAGAGUUAUAUCUUUUCCACAUGCUAGUUUCAUGUUCAGGUUCUUAGUGUGUUUGUUAUGGUUUGUGGCUGUACUGUUGCAGUUUGUCAACACGUAGCUGUUAAGGAUGUAUUGAAAGAAACUUAAUAGCUGUAUAAAAGUUCAUGCUUCCGAUUCUGUUACAUCAGUGCCUGCAUGUAAUUCAUAUCAGUGUAAGAGUAUCAGAAACAUGGUAUAUUCUAAAGCAAUACUCUUAAUAAAAGACCAAGCUGACUACUUUGGAGUUGCCUUCUGAUUGAUUAACAAUACAUUACACCAAUUGCUAUGGUACACUUCUCUACUUUGGAAAUGCUAUACCAGUAGUUUGCACUCAUAGCUAUCAAAAGCAGCUUAUUUAUAUCCAUCUUAAGUAUACCUAUCCAAGGAAAGAUGCAAAACAUGAUUGGAGAAGAUGGUGUAUAUUCACACAAACAUAUAAUAUAGCUAUGAUGCAAAAAUAUGGCUAGCUCUUAUGAACAGAGGAAUUGUAUCUUUGUAUCACAAAAGUCACAGAAUGUCUGAAUAUACAAAGAAAUAGAUUAUGCUUGUCCAGCUUUGAUUCUUUCAAUGGCCCUAAACUAAACUUGUAAAGCGAGUAUCUCACAGGGUUUCAUUUGCCAACUGGUUGCAAACAGGUGCCAAUGGGCUCCAAUUUGUUGCCUGAAAUUGCAACACUGCGAUUAGUUUGCAUCUGAUAAAAAAA